UUCGAGGGAUUUGGGGGAGUUUUAAAGGAUCUUGAGGGAUUUUGAGGCAUUUGGGGGGCCCCGCGGUGAUUCUGGGGCAAACCCGAUCAUUUUGGGUUCAAUUUCGGGGAUUUUUGUGCCCCCCCGGUGGCUCCGCCCCCUCUUUCCCGCCGCCGCCAUCUUGGCCGCGGGCGCGCGAGGCCCCGCCCACUCCGGGGCCGAUCGGGGGCGUGGCCAAGGGCGCGGCCUGGCUUGUGACGCCGCGGGGAGCCCCGGCGCUGAUUGGUCCGCUCCGCUGUCAAUCACGCGGGUGACGCGGCCGGGCCGGAGCGCGGCGGAGCCGAGCCCAUGGCCUGACCCCCCCAUGUUCCGCCUGGACGAGACCCCCGAGGAUCGCGGCUCCCCUCCCCCCUCGCCCUGGGGGGGCUCCCCCGCCCCCAGCCAGCCCGGGACCCCCUCCCCAGAGGCGCGGCCCCGGCUGCUCUCGGAGCGCGGGGGGGCGGGGCCAGCCCCCGGGCCCGCCCCCCCGGCCCCGCCCCCGCCCCGCGGCCGCUCCCGCUCGGCCCCGCCCGUGCUCUGGGCGGCGCAGCGCUACGGGCGGAGACUGCGCAGGAUGAGCGACGAGUUCCAGCUGCAGGUGCUGCCGCGGCCCCGCAGCCUCGGGGGGGCCCCCCCGGGGGGGGGCGGCUGGCGCGAGACCCUCCGGGCCUGGUGGGGGGGGGGCUCCCGGCGGCCCCGCCCCGCCCCCCCCGCGGCCCCGCCCUGA